AUGGAAGAUUGUAUCAUAACUAAAUAUUCUCUCAUUCAGCUCUUUAGCCUAUGUUUUUCUGGGCUGAGCUUGUGCAAAGUGGGAAGCAUUAUGCGUUCUGCUACUAGAUGUGCUCUGAACCAUAACUCCUUUCACAAGUUCCAUGCCGGCCACAGAAAAACAUGUUCAAUGAUCCAAGACGGGAACCAAAUUAUGGUUGCAAGAGGGUGA